AUGGUAGCUGCGCCAGCCCCAGCAGCAGCUGCAGCUGCUGCUGGGGCAGCUGCUGCAGCAGCUGCUGCAGCAGCCAGGGCGCCCGUAGAAGAUCAAAAGAAGCCAACGAAAGUGACCAACAAAGGGCACGACCCCCAGAUGAAGGGCCUACUGGUGUUGGAGGCAAUUCCCGAUUCCCCAGAUCUGGGUAUGGUUUACAUCGGCCGAAAUGCUGAACAGAAUGAGCGCCUUUCUUUUUCUUUUUCGAAGCCGUCAGACAUUUGGAUGCAUGCAGAAGGGAUGCCUGGGGCCCACGUGCUGCUGCGGCUUCCAAAUAAGGCCUCAUCUAUGGACCAAAGUUCUUUUCAAGAAGAUUCUUCUCGAGGGAAAACUCGAGUUGAGUCACCCCUGAAGGAAGGCCCCGCUGGAGGCCCUUCAGGGGGGGCCUUGGCGUUCGCAGCAGAUUGUGCAGCUUACUUUUCCAAAUGCAAGACGCAGCGGCAGGUGCCUGUUGUCUGCACAACUGCAGGCCAGCUCACUAAACCCUGGGGAUCCCCGCUGGGGACAGUGGCGAUUCGGGGAAAGACUCACAGACUGACGGGACGGCCAAGCCGCGCGGCCCCUCGUAUAUCCGAGGCUAUACUAAAAAGACGCGAACAAAAUGAAAAGAAAAAGACAAAAAAUACUGAAGGCUCAACUGGCCAAAAUCAUGCAGUGGCUGCAGCAAAAGCGCCGGCGGCAGAUCCUGCAACUACAGCGCCAGAGGCAACAAAUGCUGAAGCAGCAACAGCAGCACCCACUGUAGCAACAGCGGCAUCAAACAUAGUGGCAGCGAGAGAUGCUGCAGCGUCAGCAACACCAAAUGCGACAGGAGCAGGCCUCGUUGGAGGCGCAACGGCCAUCGCAGCAGAGCAGGAACAAACGGAACAGCAAAGCUGCAGCAGCAACAGCAGCAUUUAA